GAUAACGUAGUGUGUCUAUUGGCUGAGGCAGACCGUGCUUCCUUUCACUCUGGAGGAUCUACGGGAUCUAUGUGUUUUGUGUUACACCUGCUGCCUUAUUGUAUGUCCCUAGGUUUGACCUGUGGGGGUGUAUGUGUGUGAGUUGCUAAAAGGAAGACAGCGUCCUGCUUUGACAGUGUCUACUUGAGGUAUGACCAACACCAUGUUCGGCAGCGGGAACCACCAGUGGGUUUGCCCUAAUGACCGACAACUUGCUCUGAGAGCCAAACUACACACGGGCUGGUCGGUGCACACGUACCAGACGGAGAGGCAGAGAAAAACACAGGUGCUAAACAAGAGGGAGCUGGACAUCAUCAUGAGCGUCAUCCACAGAGCCGAACAACUCGACCUGAUCGAGCAACACAGAAUCGGGCGUUUAAUGGAUCGUUUGGAGAACAUGAGGAGGUCAGCGGUGGGGAACGGCCUGUCUCAGUGCCUGCUAUGUGGAGAGGCUCUGGGCCUGCUGGGAACUCCUUCAGUCCUCUGCUUUGACUGCUGCAAGAAAGUGUGUACCAAGUGUGGAAUCGAGACCGCAUGCAGCCAGAAGAGAGCUCAGUGGCUCUGUAAGAUCUGCAGUGAACAGAGAGAGGUUUGGAAGCGUUCUGGUGCCUGGUUCUUCAAGGCCCUGCCCAAGUUUAUUCACCCAGAGAAGGACUCAUUCAUGGACAGGAGGCCUGUGAUAAUGAGAGAGGAGCAGCCAGUGGCUAGGAGUGUCCCAAUCACAUACACAUGGGCCCACAGGAAAGUUGAUUCGAGCGAAAGUGACGGCAGCGACUCGGAGCUCAGUGAUGCCGGCAGUGACAGAAAGACCUUCCUCCCUGAGGGCAUCAAAAGACGACACUCAGCUCUGUCGGAGUCGAGCGGUAGCGUGGCGCUCAUGCCCCUGCAGUCCAUCCUGAGCAGCCCGUCCCGAGCCAGCUUCCUGUCAGAGAGCCACUCCAGUUUAGGCAGUGAGCGCAGCAGCCUGGCCCCUGCUCCAGAGGAUGAAGACAUAGACCAGGGUCGUACGUCAUUGUCAGCCCCGGUCCUGAGGCGUGCUGGCUCGCUGCGCUCUUCCACCUCGUCCUCGUCAUCCACUCCGGCCGCCGCCACCUCCUCAUUGGGUGCCGAAACGGGUCAAGAAAAGAACGACAAUGAAGACGACCUGGACCGGGCCUUCAGCACCGCCUCUGCCUCUGCUUCUGCCUCCGCCCUACCUCCGCCCAGCAGGAAGGAGGAAGAGCCCGAUAUGGAGGGCUACGACUCAGACGACUCCACCACUCUUGGCACUCUGGACUUCAGCUUGUUGUAUGAUCAAGAAAACAACGCUCUGCACUGCACCAUCAAUAAAGCCAAGCUCCCUCUACCCAGGUACAGAAAGGGACUCAAACCCAUGGAUCACAAUGGGCUGUCAGAUCCCUACGUUAAACUGCACCUGCUUCCUGGAGCCAGCAAAGCCAAUAAGCUCCGAACCAAGACCCUGCGCAACACCCUUAACCCUGUAUGGAGCGAGACACUGACCUACUAUGGCAUCACCGAUGAAGAUAUGGUCCGCAAAACCCUCAGGAUUUCCGUGUGUGACGAGGACAAGUUCCGGCACAACGAAUUCAUUGGCGAGACCCGGAUCCCCCUGAAAAAGCUCAAGCCUAACCAGACCAAGAACUUCUACAACUGCCUGGAGAAACAGCUGCCUAUCGACAAGACGGACGACAAGUCUCUGGAAGAGCGUGGGCGCAUCAUGAUCUCACUAAAGUACAGCUCGCAGAAGUGUGGCCUGGUGGUGGGCAUUAUCCGCUGCGCUCAUCUCGCCGCCAUGGACGCAAACGGCUUCUCCGACCCUUACGUUAAAACAUACCUGAAGCCAGAUGAGAACAAAAAGUCAAAGCACAAGACUACCGUUAAGAAGAAGACUCUCAAUCCAGAGUUUAAUGAGGAGUUCUUCUAUGAGAUUAAAUAUACAGAGCUGAGCAAGAAAACCCUCGAGGUGACAGUUUGGGAUUAUGAUAUUGGCAAAUCCAAUGAUUUUAUAGGUGGAGUGUCUCUUGGCAUCAACGCCAACGGCGAACGUCUGAAACACUGGUUCGACUGUCUCAAAAACAAGGACAAGAAAAUCGAGCGCUGGCACACACUCACUAAUGAACUCCCCGGGUCAGGCUUCAACGACUGAAACCCAGACUCGAAAGCAUGUUGUUCCACCUUUUUCCUGCGAGAACGUAAUGCUCGGCUUUCGACCGUCACCUCCAACACUUCAAUCCAGAGAAGGGUACCAAAGUGACCUCUGUUUUUUCCUUGCAAAUCUACUCCUGUAUGUACUUUCUCCCUGGUGUUGACCUUUAUUGUUCAAUGUGGCUUUUUGAGCUUCUUGGGCCAGCUUGUGUGGAUAUGAAGAGGUGUUUUUUUUCCCCUUCACAAAUAGCAGGGGAUCAUGUACAAAACGUUUUUGCUGUUCUCUCCGCUUUUUUCAAAAUGUGGUUACGUAUCCCUGAAUGUCGUUUACACGUUCGGAUGUACGGAUCUCUUCGAAUCAGGGGUUAAUUCUUUAAAAGAUUUCGGAAAAAGAAAACGCGAUUGUUUACACCUAGGAUCCCGAUCAUUCAUUGUAAAGGGGAAAAAAAGAUGCUAGAUUUAAUAUACGAUAGUAUUACUAUUAAAAAGGGACUUUUUUUAUUUCAUUUUAUUCUCUUAUGGAUUUUAUUUCGUUUUUAUUACUCGUGUAAGCACCCAGCGUCAGUGCAGAUCGAUGAAUGUGUUAUAUUCAGCCACGCGAUUGAGAAUGUGAUGCUGGAAAAAAGCAAUGGACCAACGUCUAUCCUGUUUACACAUUUAAAACAAACAAACAAAAAAAACGAAAAUGCCCGAGAGUAGAAAAUCUACGCCAGGCAAGAAAUUGUAGUUUCGGACCAUCCUUUCUUCAUUUUGGUAAUGUACAGUAACGUUGGUCAUCGAUGUUGUUCAGCUCCGUGUGAAUUGAGACGAGUGUGCUAGAGUGUUCGGUUGAUUCGUUGAUUUUUUCCUGUUUGUUUGGAUAGUAAAUGAAUCUUGAAUGUAAGAAAAAACUAUUUCUUUUUAAUAUAAUUUCUUCCUCAAUUAAAGAGAUCUUUCUGGCACAAAAACGAGACCGUAAUAUAUUUAGCAUGCAUAUCCAGUGGUUUUAUUAGUUGUUCUGACUAGGAUUUGAAAACGUAUUUAUUUUUUCCAAGGCUAGUAUUACUAUUUUUUCGUGUAGUACAUUUUAAUGACGUAGACGUCCAUUUUUCAGAGUAAUCUUAUAGCUCUAGGAAUGUUCGAUAUCUCAAUAUGGCCAAGUGCGUGUAAAACGGAGGUCGACGAAUCUCCUAUCACUGGGACUCUUAUCAAAAGCAGCCAGACUUGUGAGAUCUUUUGUAAUCUUGUUGCCUUUGCAAAAUGGCGCUAAAGAAAAUAGAAAUGAAUGACUUUAAGAAAAGAAAUAAAUAAAAAAAUGCAUGCAAACUGAGUUCACGAAACUGACUUUGCUUAACGCUCUUUGAUGGACUUUGCUUAAUGUUUGAUACUCUUCUGUAAAAGAGAAUUCGUCGAUGCUAAAUAUAUAUAUAUAUAUAUAUAUAUAUAUAUAUAUAUAUAUAUAUAUAUAUAUAUAUAUAUAAAAGGAAAAACGAUUAUGGAAUGUCCGUGUUUUCUUCUUGGACGUUUUUUGUACCCUUUCAACACUGUCCCAUCGCUCCGUCUAGCGGAAACGUGAUCGCAUGUAACGUUCUGUUUCCUUUCUUUGUGUUUUUCCAAUCUCAGGCGAUUCUUUGCAUUUCUCGUGGUUCUCUGAUCGAAAUUUAUACGUUAAUACUCCACUCACCAUCACUACUUGCACCGAAUGGCAGAAUUUUUGUGCCUUUUCUUUUCUAACAUUGUAUUUUUUAUUUUUAUUUUUGCACCGCUCACUUUACAAUGAUUCCUAGACGGAUAUUAGCUUUUACUAUAGAAACUAUAUAAUAACAUUCAGCAUAUUUCUAUUCCUCAUCCACGCCGGAAUAUUGUAACCAGUCGUAAUAUUAUCGCUCAGUGAGACACUAUGUGGGUGUGUGUGGGGCAUGGGUUUGUGUGUGUGAGUAUAUGUGUGUGUGGCUGGGGUCCUGGGUUUCAAGUGGCAUGAAUCUACAUGUUCUGGUUUCUACACAACACUGACGCAACACAUUCAACUAAAAGAGAAAAGAGGGUUAGCAGGACAUUUUGUUUGUUUGUUUUUUGAUACAUUUCAUAAAACAUCUAACUUAUAUAUAUAUACAUUUAGACUAUCACAUGCUUCACUUCAUAGGAUUGAAAUUUGCACUGGUUCCAAAAAAGUCACACACACAGACACACACACACAAACACCAAAAACCAGAAUGUGACAUUUCUUAUAUGUCUGUUUUAAAAUAAAUAAAUGUUUGAGUAUUA